AGAGCUUCUGGACGCUUCUAAACCCCCAUUCGCACCCAAAAAUCUGAGGAAGAAGACGUUAAUACCCUGCUGAUUACUGCAUGCGGUGGAUGUUGCGACACCGUAUUUACGUUGUGUCCGUAGGGUUAAUCAAGUCAAUCACAAGUCCAUUCCCGUAUUUCUUCCUCCCCAAGUCCCAAAAUCCCUCCUAAAACCCUGAAAUCUUCGCUGUUCAGAUUUAGCCCUUCCGAUAAAUUCCAUAUACCCAUUCGUCGGAGCCAUGUCCCUGAGCAGAAUCACGACUCGGUUCUCCAGGACCGUGUUGUCUCAGUGUCGCAAUUCGCUGCUCUUCUCUGGUCGCCAUGAGAAUUACCACUUUUACUCUUUUCCACGAGGGCCGGUUGAUAAGGUGGUAUCUGGUCAGGUGUCAUGGCUACAUCAUUCAGCCAUAAACUCGUCAGCCUUUCAGUGGUUUGGAUUCUCGUCAUCUGCAUCUCCACAGCCCAAUGAGAAGGAGACAGCUCAAUCUGCAAAUGAACCGGAAAUUAAGGGUGAUAAUGAAGCUGCUGGUGAUGCUCCUCACCAAACAGAAGCAUCGGACAAAGAAGCUGCUGCUACUCCUCAGCAAACAGAAACAUCAGUUUCUGAUGGAAAAACUGAAUCAGGUUCUGCUAGGGGGCCUCACCCUAACACGUCUGGGACUGUCAAAAGGAGAAGAGGUACUAAACGAGUUGCAUUUUCUGAUUCAGAUUCAGAUGCAGAGAGUGAUCUUUCAAGAGAUGAUCUGGUGAAGCUUGUGGCUGAGAAGGAACAACUUCUGGCAACGAAGCAAGAAGAGCUUGAGACAAUGAAGGAUAAAGUCCUGAGGACUUUUGCAGAGAUGGAGAAUGUGAAGGAGCGUACUAGACGUGAGUCUGAAAAUGCAAAGAAGUUUGCCAUUCAGAAUUUUGCAAAAAGCCUUUUGGAUGUGGCAGAUAACCUGGGUAGGGCUUCUUCUGCUGCAAAAGAGAGUUUUUCAAAAAUUGAUGCAUCAAAAGAUACGACAGGAGCUGUUCAACAACUUAAAACACUCCUGGAAGGUGUUGAAAUGACUGAAAAGCAAUUGAUAGAGGUAUUUAGAAAGUUUGGACUGGAGAAAUACAACCCUGUAGAUGAAGAAUUUGAUCCGAACAGGCAUAAUGCAGUGUUCCAAGUACCAGACGCUUCAAAACCAGCUGAUCGUGUUGCAGUUGUUCUGAAGGCUGGAUACAUGCUGCACGACCGAGUCAUAAGGCCUGCUGAAGUCGGUGUAACAGUGGCAGUGAACAAAGACGAAGCCGGGCAAGGAUCCGAGGCCUGAGGGGAGAACAUUGCACAACAAUGACUCACGUGCAACGUCCAAGUGCUUAACUCGUCAAACUGUAUCUUGUUCGGAUCAGCUUCAUGCAUCAUUCCCAUUGCCGACAAUAGAAACUAUAGGCUACUUUUACCUUUUCAUCCGUUUUAUUGUUGGUUGUUCUUGCGGAUCUUUUCUACGAGAUUCAUGGCAAUGAAAAUUUUGGGUGACCGAGAGCAGAAAUUGAAGAGGUUGAUUCUUGUUGCAUCUCUAUGGCCCCCUCCAAAGUGUUUGUACUAAUAAAAGGUUGCAUAUCGCCCCAAAUUCAAUGAUAUAUCUGGUUUGGUAUAUCCCCAAAGAUUUUGGGACAGUACCCA